AUGAAACUAUUUGUUACUGGAGGUACAGGAUUUAUUGGCUCAGCUGUUGUUGAUGAGUUAAUCCAACAUGACCAUCAAGUUGUUGGAUUAGCAAGAUCAGACAAGUCUGCCUCCCAAUUGGAAAAAGCUGGUGCUGAGGUUAUUAGAGGUGACUUGGAAAACUUAGAAGCAUUGAAAAGGGGAUCUAGAGAAUCUGAUGGUGUUAUACAUCUUGGAUUCAUCCAUGACUUUGCAAACUAUAGUCAUUGUUGCAAAAUCGAUGGAAUCGCAAUUGAUGCCAUUAUUUCAGAAUUGGAAGGAACUAACAAACCAUUUGUUAGUGCUGCUGUGUUUUCUGGUGUUUUGAAUGGUGCUGGGAAGAUCAUUUAUGAAACAGAUAAGCCAGUGGUUGAUACAAGUUCAGAUGAUUCUUUAAGAACUGCUAAUGAAAUUAAAAUCUUGGAAUCUCAUAAAAAGGAAAUCAGGUCUAUGGUUAUAAGAUUACCACCUACUGUUCAUGGCGCAAAUGAUCAUGGUGCAGGAGAUCAAGCGUUCAUUCCUGAAUUGAUUAAGACUUCUAAGGAGAAGAAGUUUUCUUAUUUUAUCGGUGAUGGUAAAAACAUCUGGUCUGCAAUCCACAGAAACGAUGCUGCGGUUCUAUUUAGAUUAGCUGUUGAAAAAGGGCUAGCUGGCAGAGCUUACCAUGCUGUUCAUGAAAACAUUGAGACUAAGAAGAUUGCAGAAGCUAUUGGAAGACUUAAUAAUGUCCCUGUUAAAUCAGGCGAAUCUUCAAUGGUUAUCAAAGAGCUCGGAUUUGUUGGUGGAGUAUUUGCAAUGGAUGUGAAUGCUUCUGUUGAGAUAACAAAGAAAGAUUUAGGGCCUUGGGAACCUAAAGAGAUUGGUCUUUUAGAGGAUAUUGAAAAGAAUUACGCCUUGUGA